UCUGAUUCCUUUACCAGUUCAACGCCGAUCAGGAUUGAUAAGUGCAGGAAAUAAAACAAGAGCCGUGCUACCAGUGCCCAUUGCAGAGAACUCUGUUGAGAAACAAGGGCGCUUUCAGCUCAAACCAAAGCAUACCCAGCAAUGGACUCGAAGACAGGGAAAAAGAUAGUGAACUGGUUGAAAGAAGACGAUGAACCAAGACUUAUUCUUGUUGGCAGUGCUGGAGUAGGGAAAACAUGGAUGGCAGAGCAGACUAGAGAAUAUGCAAUCACUGAGGGUUAUGCUGUUCUCUGGGUAUCCAUGACUGUAAAACACGAUAACAUGUCGCUUUACAAGAUUAUUGCUCACCAGUUGUCUCUACUGUCCACUAUCGAGAAAUUGGAAGAAGAUUACAUUGAUGAGGAGAAGGAGGAAAGCCCCGAUAACUUGAAGAAGAAAGUAUCAGAAAAGCUUGAAGAGAUCGGAGAAGAAAACAAGCCUCUUCUGCUAAUUCUGGAUGAUGAGGAGCCCAAGAUAUAUGGAAGCAAGGACUUGCUGGAGUUGGAACCUCUGUGUAGUGUGAACUUGCAACACAAACUGAAGAUUUUAAUUUCCAGAAGAAACAUUGAUGAUGGACAGACUGCUGAGACUUCCCAGGGAGAGAUUAAGAUUGAACCCCUGUCUGAAGUAGACUCAUUGUCUUUAUUGAGGAAAAGAGUAGUGACACGAGUUUCUGAAUCUUCUGCUUUUGAAAAAUUCUCCGAAGCUACUGCUGAAAAGAGCAAGGGUUUACCGGCCGCAAUCAUCCUGAUGGCUGAAGCCCUAAAUCAAGUUGGAGAACGCGAUCUAGAUGGUGCUUUGGAAGAAGCAGCAGAGGAUGUAUCUUCGUUCCUGCACUGUGCAUAUGGAAUGUUACCCAGUGGUGUAGUAACUGAUUGCUUUUGGCAUUGUAGAGAAUUCUUUCAUAACUAUGGCGGCCUGCACUACAACAAGUUGAUCACUUACUGGAUAAUGGAAGGCUAUUUUGAUCCCGUUACUGAUGUUGAGAAGGCUUAUGAGAAAGGACACUCUGUUUUGAUGCAGCUUUUGGUUCGUCACAUGCUUAAGAUACAAGAGGAUAAUAUUGUGAUACUUGAAGGUGCAACACAGAGCAUUGUUGAUAAUCGCUUGGGUGGAUUCAGUGGGACAGCCAAUCUUGGACUGGCUAGCUUGGUACCUGGUGGUGAAUUGAAAGGACUUGACAAAAUCACACCUAUGGAUGGCAUGAUAAAAACACUGUGCAGUGGUAAAAAAGGGAAAGAGGUCCAUGCAUUACUGAUUCAUGGAAGCCGUCUUUUAAGGGAAGUCCCUGAAAAAUUGUUUCAGCGCAUGGAUGGACUUGAGGUACUUGCUGUUUUUGAUCUCAAACUCAAACAAUUGCCGUCAUCUUUGUCUCAAUUGAAAUGCCUGCAUGUGCUUGUGCUCAGAGGCUGUGAUCUAUUAGACAACAUUGAUCACAUCUCGCAGCUCAAGAAGUUAACUGUUCUUGAGAUAUCUGGGGCUAGUUCCUUGACAAAAAUCUCAGAUGAUUUUUUUGCACAACUGACUCAACUUCAGAGUCUCAACUUAUCUGGAUCCCAGCUUCAAGACUUACCUCCUACUAUUUCCAAACUGAUUGAACUGCGUUGGCUCAUUCUGAGAAGAUGUAAGAGGUUGGAAAGUCUGCCAAAAAUACAUGAACUUUCAAAGCUUGAAGUGUUUGACCUCUCUGAUGCUACCUUGUUCAAUAAUGUCCAAGAAAAAAGCUUUACAAUUUUUAAGAAACUGAAAAUUAUUAAUCUUUCCAAUACCCAGAUUGUACGCUUACCAUUUAUCAGUGACCUUGAAGAUCUAACACGCAUCUUAUUGAGAGGCUGCACAAGCUUAUCAAGACUGCCCAAGCUAGAAAAUCUACCUUGCCUCCAAAUUCUUGAUCUUUCAGAUGCUGUUCAACUGAAGGAGAUCAAUGCCCUUAAAUUCCUUGAUCAAUCAGGAAUCACAAGAAAGCAUUCAGCUUCCUGCAUUGGCAAUCUUUCUGAACUCUAUUUGAUGGGCUGUCAUAAACUUAAAGAACUUCCAUGCACAGAAAACCUCACUGGCCUCAGAGUACUUGAUCUUUCUGAUGCUUCUAGCUUGGAAAGAUUCAUCGACAAAUCCUUUAGCCAUCUGAGCCUCCUUCAUUCUAUCAACCUCUCAAAAACCAAAGUGAGAAGUCUUCCAUCUCUGUCCAACCUCUGUAAUCUUUGUUUUCUAUUGCUGAGGGGCUGUUUAUGCUUGGAACAACUAGACGUUGGAGGGCUUACUAGACUCAAGGAGCUAGAUCUCUCUGGUUGUGAGAAUCUGGAUGGAUUGCAGGGAUUGAAUGCCCUUCAAAAACUGGAGGUUCUUGAUCUUUCUGGUUGUGUUGCUUUACCAGAAAUUCAAGUGCAAUCAUUCCGGAACAUGUCUCGCCUUCAGAAACUCAAUCUCUCUGCAACAAAGGUUGAGAGUCUAAGUUCUCUAAAUUCUAGCUGCCUUUGUCAACUUGUACUAAGAGAUUGCACGAACCUCAAAAUCCUUCCAUCUUCAAAAUCAUUGUCAAAGCUUGAGGUGCUUGAUCUUUGUGGUGCUAAGGCUUUAGGUGAAAUCCUAUCAGAUCUCUUUGCACACAUGAUUCACCUUCAAAAUCUCAACCUAUCUCAUAUCAUUCUCCAAGAAUUUUCAUUUGUUUCCAAAUUCACCAAGCUCAGGCAGCUUUCACUGGAAUGCUGUCGUGGCUUAGAAACAGUGCCGUUUUUGACAGAACUUACAGGACUCGAGAUUCUUGAUCUUUCUGGGACAGAUGUUUGCUCUCUAUCAUCCCUGGAAAAACUUAGCCACCUAUCUAGGCUUUUGCUCAGAAAAUGUUCACGCCUACAUAACUUGCCAUCCCUGAAAUCACUUAUUCGACUAGAGGUUCUUGAUAUAUCAGAGAGUGGCGUAAAAGAAUUUCCUUAUGAAAUCUCAGAAAUGGCUCAUUUAAAGCACCUUUAUAUGACAAACUUGAAAGUCAAAGUUGAUUGGGAGAGAAUUAAGCGCUUACCAGGUCAGUUUGACUUUUCUAACCUUGAUGAAAUUGAUGAAGUUGGUAAGAAUCCUUCCAUAGUUGUGAAUGGGACAGAGUUUUUUCAAAAUUUGAAGAAAUACGAUGCCAGCUUGCUAAAGAAGUACCUGGAGCAAAUUUUUUUCUGCAUUUGUCCUCCUGUUGAGAAAGCUAAUGGUGGUGGAAUGUAUCUUCAGAGAGAGGAUAUUAUCUCAAAUGAUGCUUACUUUGACAUAAGAGAGUUUCCGCGUGGUAAUGUUCCGGCUAUAGAACUCUGUGGAUUUGAAAAGUAUCCCACUGGUGUGGAGUAUGUCCUUGAGCAAACAGAGUGCAUCUCUUUGGUUGAAAAUGGGUUUAUGAAAGGCUUGUCUAGUUUGGGCUCUGACACCUUGAAGUUGAAACACUGUUGGUUAGAGAGAUGCACCGAAAUGGAAAAUAUUUUCUCUGAUCAUAAAGAUGUCAAACUGGGGGAAAAUCUUGAGGUUCUGUGGGUUUCAAACCUUACUAAACUCAAGAGCCUAUGCAGUUGGAAAGUGGGAUCUAUAAACUUGAAUAAUCUUCAGCAUCUGCAUGUGGAUUGUUGUCCAAUGCUGGAAGAGGUUUUUCCUUUAAAGUCAGGGCUGGAAAACCUCAAAAUAAUGAAAAUCAAAUUUUGUGAGAGAUUAAAGAUGGUUUUUAAAUGUGAUGGCUCAGUCAACAGCGAAUUGCCAAAGUUGCAAGAGCUGCAUCUAUUUGAAUUGCCAGAGCUGACACAUUUUGGGGCCCGAUAUCCACGUGAAGUCAAGCCUAAUGUCUUUGCAUGCCCAAAGCUGAAACUGGAAGUGUCAGGUGACUUCUCAAAUGGACAAAAUGCAUCUGCUCAGGAUGCAGGAACUGGAGCAUAACAGCAUUCUGUGCCAGUUUCUGAGUCUGAAAAAGGCCCUCAGCCAACAAGUCGCGUGCAUUGUGCUAGAUACAAAGCGCCGCGCCCAAGUAUUGAUCCAACAAAUUGUGAGGGGGGGCGAUCGACAUUACAUGAUGCAAGGAGGCUGCGGUACCUUUGAGGCAAAUAUGAUUCACGUCGGCAAAAAUUAUUAUUUGUAAAGAAACAGACUAUCCUUUUAUUCCAUGUAAUCUUUCUUCUCCUUCGCAAGACUUGUUUUUCCAUGAAAUUUACACUGACGUUAAAUAUCGGAGUUUCCAUGUUAUGGGACUUCUUUACUAUGUGGUGAGCAACAUUUCAGGAAUAAGAAACAAUCCAAAUUCUAU